AGAGAGGGGGAGAGAGUGAGAACCAAGUGUCCAAGAGAAAACUGAGAACCAAUCACAGCUGUCCGCGUGUCCAGAUCUAACAGAACAGAAAUAUUGUUUAGAAAAUGUGGUAUCAUAUUUGUAAAUAAUUAAACUUUGAUGAUUUCCGAACACUGUGUGGUGCUUUUAUUCAAGUGUUUUUUUUUUUUUUUUUUGCAUUUCCUAACAUUGUUGAGGCAUAUUUUCAUAAUCUUUGGUGGGACUGCACUAACCGCACGAGAAGACGUAGUUGUACCUGAACUCUACUAUAUAUAUACUCGCUACACAUCGACUUUCCAUCCCGAUCGAAUUCAGAGCUCCAAUCCAAAAUAUUGCUCCAUUUAUUACUAGCUAUAAGCUAAUAUUACUGAAUAUUCUCCAAGAAACCUUGAAGAUCCGAACAUGGCGAUGAUGUCAAGGGGCACCAUUCUUGCAGGUUGGUGUUUCUUCUGCAUUUUAUUACUUGAUCUCUCGGCUCUGGCUGCGGCCAAAACAAGGCAUUUUAAAUGGGGUGUGGAGUACAUGCGCUGGUCGUCGGACGGCGUCGACGGUGUGGUCUUGGGGAUCAACGGCCAGUUCCCCGGUCCGACGAUCAGGGCUCGCGCCGGCGACACCAUAGCCGUUGAGCUCACCAAUAAGCUCAGCACUGAAGGAGUUGUCAUUCACUGGCAUGGAAUCCGACAGAUAGGAACACCAUGGGCUGAUGGGACUGCAUUGAUUUCACAAUGUCCCAUUAUUCCUGGAGACACAUUUGUCUACAGAUUCAAAGUUGACAAGGCAGGGACAUAUUUCUACCAUGCACACUACGGGAUGCAACGGUCGGCGGGGCUGUACGGGUCGUUGAUAGUUGAGGUGGCGAAUGGAGAGAAAGAAGCAUUCCAAUAUGACGAAGAGUUUAAUUUGUUGCUGAGUGAUUGGUGGCACGUGAGCUCUCACGAGCAGGAAGUUGAUCUCAAUUCUAAGCCAUUUCGUUGGGUUGGUGAACCCCAGAGCUUGUUAAUGAAUGGAAGAGGUCAAUACAACUGUUCCCUAGCAGCGUCAUUUAGCACAUCACCAUCCACUCCGUGCAGUUUAAGAGGGGGUGAACAGUAUGCCCCUCAAAUUCUAAAAGUGCGCCCCAACAAAACUUAUAGGCUGCGCCUUGCCAGUACCACAUCCUUGGCUUCUCUCAACUUGGCCAUUGGGGGCCACAAGAUGGUGGUAGUUGAAGCAGAUGGAAAUUACGUUGAGCCAUUUUCAGUGAGUGAUAUGGACAUAUAUUCCGGUGAGAGCUAUUCAGUGCUGUUUACUACCGACCAAAAUCCAUCAAACAAUUACUGGAUUUCAGUUAGCGUACGAGGAAGACAACCUAAAACUCCCCAAGGCCUAACCAUACUCAACUACCUUCCCAACUCAGCUUCAAAGCUCCCAACUUCACCGCCUCCGGUUUCACCACCGUGGAAUGACUACAACCACAGCAAGGCAUUCUCCGCCAGAAUCCUCGCCCUGGGCGGCGGCGGCGCCACCCGGCCGCCGCGGGGACACGACCGCCGGCUGCACCUCCUCAACACCCAGAAUCUCAUCGACGGGUACACCAAAUGGGCGAUCAACAACGUCUCGCUGGCCCUGCCGCCCACCCCGUACUUAGGGUCGAUCAAACUGGGGGUGAGAAACGCGUUUGAUCGCCGGCCGCCGCCGGAGAAGUUCUCCGAGACGUACGACGUGAUGCGGGCGGCGUUGAACCCCAACACCACCGCCGGCAACGGGGUUUACACGUUCCGGUUCAACUCCACCGUGGACGUCAUUCUGCAGAACGCCAACGCGCUGGCGGCCAACGUGAGCGAGAUCCACCCGUGGCACCUCCACGGCCACGAUUUCUGGGUGCUGGGCUACGGAGAAGGGAGGUUCAGGGAGGAAGACGCCGGAAAGUUCAACCUGGAGAAUCCGCCGCUGAGGAACACCGCCGUGGUUUUCCCUUAUGGAUGGACUGCGUUGAGGUUUGUGGCUGAUAACCCUGGGGUUUGGGCAUUCCAUUGCCACAUUGAACCGCACUUGCAUAUGGGCAUGGGAGUGGUUUUUGCUGAAGGAGUUCACCUUGUCAACAAUAUUCCUACAAAGGCUCUCUCUUGUGGUUUGACUGCCAAAAUGUUCAUGAAAAACAAGCCUUAGCUUAGGUUAAAUUAAAAUACCAAGCAUGGUAUGAUCGAUAUAUAUAUAAUUGAGAAUUGGCCAAAUGAGGCUCGAAUUAUUCGAGAACAUUUUGUUAAUGUAUUCUCAAACUUAACUUGAAAAUUAAAAGUUCUAAAUUA